UCUCAAAUGUUCUCUGCAGGAGGGACCCCCUACCCUGAUUUGCCCAUGAAUGAAUUAUUCUACAGUGCUUUGAAGAGAGGCUACCGAAUGGCCAAACCCACCCAUGCCUCUGAUGAAGUUUAUGAGAUUAUGAAGAAAUGCUGGGAUGAAAAGUAUGAGAAAAGGCCCGAGUUCUCAUUUCUGGUCCACAGCGUGGGGAAUAUGCUGACGGACAGCUAUAAAAAGAGAUACAACCAAGCCAAUGAAAACUUCACGAAGAGUGACCACCCGGCAGUCGCCCGCACCAAACCUCGGCUGACCUCACCCUUUCCAAUCGCCAACCCAGCAUUUGGCACCCCAUCUCCUGUCACACUCCAGUCUCCACUGGAUGCCUACAACCAAAACUCAAGGCCUAGACAAGACUUCAGACAAGAGGCACAGGAAGUCAUACCGUCAUACAACGAGUACAUCAUUCCCAUUCCGGACCCGAAGCCAGAAGACGCUUUCACUGACGUGCCAUCAGAAAGUCCUGGAAG